AUGCAAGCGGCGAUCGCGCUGUGCCAUUUCUGCGAGACGCACGGGCCGAGAGUUGUCAUUACAUGCCAACCGAUACGGGAUGCCUCGAACUCGCAAAUUUUCCCCGAAAACUCGGAUCGAGGCCUUCAUUCUCCAUGCGAGCCGAGCACGAGUGGAGCCACGUCGCCGACCGAGCCCCCGAAAUACUACGGUGACAACUUGACGGUUGUCGAGGAUCCCGAUGCCCGUUGUGAUGCGUGUACAUCAUUAGGAACGACUAGUUAUCUCCUCUCAAAUGAUCAUUUAACGAGGACGAGUUAUAUCAGCUCACAGGUGGCAUUCAGCGAGAUCGUGCUCGAUAGAAUACGCACAUCUUGUCUUCGCUCGUUGAGUUAUGAAAUAUCGAUACCCCAGCUCUCCUUAACUCAAAAGGGACCGUUGAAAGAUGUAAACGCUUCUUCAUCAAAAACGAGCAAUGAUCAAAAUGAGGAUGGAAAAGACGAUGGAAACAUUUUCUAUGGUGAUUCUGAGCACGGGUACACGUUUGCGCUCACAUUUCGAAUACCGGACACAAAAGCGCGAGGUCUCCAAAGGCUUUACUCCCUUCUUGUCGUCUCAAAUGAUCCCACUUUUUUGCUCAACAGUCACGAUUUCUUUCUGCAAGCUCUUCGAUCGAUCAAGGAUAAAUUACGGUCUCUGGCCAUGGAAACGUUUCGACGGGAGAACCAACAAAUGCGUGAAGCCGAGGAGCCGUUAAGACCCGAGAAUGCAUCGAGAAUCAGUCGAUUACCGCCAAAUCUCAUCUCAAGAAGGAUAAGUCUCGAUACAAAACGAACAUUACAAACGAUCACCGGAGACGAGGAGAUCUGGAUUCGACUGCAUCGACACAUGAUGUGGACUCUACGGGCCCAAACGAUGCGCAUCGGGGAUGUGAUUUUAGAGGGAGUGCCGACACAGGAUAUGCUGGUGAUGAUGGAAAUGGAUGAGACGGAGAUCGAAGAGUUGGAUUUGGACUCGCCGAACUCGCAUAACCUUACCCUAUUGCAGCUACACAAUUUGAAGACUAUCGCCACCACCCUAUUGGUCGAUGGAUGCGGCGAUGAUUUGGAGAUGCUUUUGAAACAUAUCGUCACUGGGGGACAGGUGGUCAUUGAGUCGGACAGUCAACCAUUGUGCCGUCAAUUUCUUCUCUCGUUGACGAAUCUCUUGCCGCUUGGGUGCGCGAAAAUGUGUGGAUGGAGUGACGUGUAUCAGCAUCGAUUCAUGGUGAAUCUAUUGGGAUGUCCAUUGAACACGGAUAUCCCUUUGGAUGCUGAGGAAUGCCUUGUCAUUCGUCUACUCUCAAAUGGUUGUGAUGGAUUGCUUUUGGAUGGAACGAAUAUGGAGAUUCGUCGUCGUCCGCAAUUCGCCGCAUUGAUGCCGAAGAUUGUCCCUCGAUUCAAGCAAUUGUUGCUCGAUCCAGAGAUCGUGGACACGAUCCUCGAAACAACGCUCCGAUCAACUCGCGAGAAAUGGUUGGCUAAAGCCAAGCAGUUCUACCAACUGCAGCGUCAAUCGACGAAAAUCGGCUUCGACAAGGCCACUCAACUCGUCCGAGCCACCCCACAUGACAAGAUGGUGCUGAUCUUCUGGCAAGCGGGCCUCUCUCGUGCCUUCAAAGAACAUGUUCACGAGAUUAUUCGUGAACAAGAUCUUCUCAAUCAAAAAACGCCACAAAAUGGACAAUCGACUGCCUGU